AUGCGUACGGUACUGUGUUGUCUGCAGCCCUGCCAGAAGCAAGUGAGAACUUGUGUGAAAAUUGCAUUGUACAAACGGCCACAAACUGACUUGCACAUGACGCAGGUCGAGUCCUUGAAAACUGCCAGCUGGGCAUUGGCCAUGCCACAAUUGUUCCAUCAACCCAGCUCUGCUGUUCUACGGAGAACAUGGGUGCGUCAAUUCAAUCCGUUAUGCUGCUUACUACAAGGGGAGGUCUUAAAGUUGGAUGACCAUUGA